AUGGGGAACUCGUUCACAUGCAUCUCUCACGAGGAGGAAAAACGUCCCAAGAAAUCCUCAGCCAACCGCAUCAAAGGAGGAGUAAGUAACUCCGGCAGAUACAUUCGUCGCCUAUCCUUCUCCUGCUCCGGCUUAUCCUCCAAUUCCUCUUCCAAGAAAAGUGGGAUCAGAGCAAAGAAGAAGAUUAGAGAGAGGCAUCAUCAUCAUCAAGAUCACCAUGGACACGAUAAAGACUCUAAUAUUAUCCAAGAGCAAACUUUAGCAGCCACUAAUCUUCUCUUCAACCAAACGCCACGUAGCAGCAACUCUGCUGCUCCUCCUAAUUUCAGACGGUCCACCUCUGUCGUCUACCCCUCGACUAAUCCCGCAAGCUCAGACAGCGGCUCAGGAUCUGUUUCAGCAGUCGAGACUCCCAAGAAGUCGACGUGUGGAUUCGUAAGAAGCUCUAGCUCUAGGCAAAGGUCUCGUAACGAUCCAGUGAUCAAGCCUAACCAGCUGGAUCUGAAGAAGAAGGUGGAUGCUUCAGAGACGAAGAGGUUCGUGCUGGUUCAUGGUGGAGGAUUCGGGGCUUGGUGUUGGUACAAAACCAUAACUCUCUUAGAGAAACAUGGGUUUCAAGUCGAUGCCGUUGACUUGACCGGUUCAGGUGUUAGCUCUACUGACACCAAUAACAUCACAAGCCUCGCUCACUACUCCAAGCCUCUCCUCCACUUUUUGGAAUCCCUCAAACCCAACGAGAAGGUAAUUAUAGUGGGGCAUGAUUUUGGAGGGGCUUGUAUGUCUUAUGCGAUGGAAAUGUUUCCUACCAAAAUCUCCAAAGCUAUUUUUAUAUCUGCUACUAUGUUGGCUAAUGGUCAAAGCACUUUUGAUCUCUUUAAUCAACAGCUGGGAUCAAACGAUCUGAUGCAACAAGCUCAUAUAUUUCUGUACGCCAACGGCAAAAAGAACCCUCCAACGGCCGUUGACUACGACAGAUCUUUGCUUAGAGAUUUUAUUUUCAAUAAGAGCCCUCCAAAGGACCUCGCAUUGUCAUUGGUAUCCAUGAGACCGUUUCCCUUCGCACCGGUUGGUGAAAAACUUCACGUGUCGAAGAAAAACUACGGCUCUAUUCGACGGUUCUACAUAAAGACCAUGGAAGACUAUGCCGUACCGGUUCUAUUUCAGGAGGCAAUGAUCAAAUUGAACCCACCAGAACAAGUUUUCCAGCUCAAAGGAGCCGAUCAUGCACCGUUCUUCUCUCGUCCUCAGUCCUUGAACCGAAUACUCGUCGAGAUAGCUAAACUACCGUUUAAAUAA